AUGAACUCGCCCCUGCUGCUCUGCUUGCUGUCGGCUGCAGCUCUAUCGGGGGUGGAGGCAGUGUUCUGGGAUGGCGGUUUACUUGAGAAUGUGAUCGGGACAACGAUCAACAACUGCUCAGCGCGAACGCCGCCUAACAACACAGUCUUCCCUGUCAACUGCACAUUCUUCAACGAGACGAACAAGGAUGUGGUAUGCUCGUCUGUUUCUUUCUCGGUGGUCUGGUCGAACGAUGGGCCAGGUCAGAUCGCGUUCACCACUCUCUCACCUGACUACUUCGCGGUCACAAGCUGCGAGCUCCCCGAUGGGAGUACACCUGAUUCAUGCGGGAUGAACUACCAGCAGAAAUGUGCGGAGAGUGACAAGUACUGGCUGACCAAGGCAACGAGCCCGUUGUGCGGGCAGCGAAUUUGCAACAAUGUGACCUCGAGUUGUACAUGCAACAACGCUCAGUAUCUAUGCACCUGCUACAACUGGAAGAGAUACACUGUGAAACCGGUCAGGUUCCUCCCCAUCGAUUCCACGAUACUCUGCUUCACCACUACAUCCAGGACGGGGGUGACGGACAAGCGAUGUGUUUUCUUCGACAUCAUGGUCCAACCGUACAAGCUGACCGUGUCCAAUGUGAACGAUCCAAACAACGUGCAGAAGCAAGUGAAUGCUUACAUCGGGGAACAACUGGACCUCACCGUCUUCGCACAAGAUGUGAACACUGAACAGUCGCUCUCUAUAAGGCUGCAACCUUCAGUCUCGGUGUAUCAACCAUCCGCUGAGCUUCCCAAUCAGCAAUGGCUUUCAGCUACUACUAUGUGUGUGGAUUCGAACAAUGUUUUGGCAAGCACAGGGCAACCUUGCAAAAACGGGUUAUGGUUUAGGAAACUAACCUACAGUCCAAGACUAUCGGAGAUCGGGAUGCAGUACUCCCUGUACUUUGAGGCAUCAGACGAUGGGUUUGCUGCAAGACAAUUCGACAAGUACGUGGGUUUGUCCUCUCUUAGCGGAACAACUUGCGGAAAAUCGAGUGGGUAUUGUUCAUUGACACCAGCAAUCUUCAGCCCGAAAGUUUUCACUGUCAGAGUCUCUGUUUCGCUUCAGUCCCCGCAGUUCAUCUCGGGAAUCGGCUUCUUCGGCACUCCGAUCGAUGGGACGACGCUUCCCUUCACAUACCCCAACUGCCCGAUGCGGCCAGUAGACAUCAUGAUCUGGAAGCCCAACAGCCAGCUGCGUUUGUACCUUACAUUCGGCGAAGGGCUGUUGGACAUUUCAAGAUAUGCCUUGUAUGCUCAGAUGACUGCAAGCUGCUCUUUGGAUCAGAUCAACGGAGACUUCUCGUAUUCUUGUCAGCAAUACUCGUCGACCCGACCAGCUCUAGGAGAGCUUCAUCGAAUGACCCUCCAAUGGACUCCUCCCAUGGUUGCGCAAGGACGAAACUUCACCAUCUGUGCUAUCGCGGAGGAUAAUGCUCCUUCUCAGAACAAGACUUGCUUCCAUAUUGUUGUUCAAAGGUGUAUGUAUUGCACCAAUCCCACUCGACCCGAAUCCCUCUUCGACAUUGCGACUCGAUAUAGAACCAAUUGGCUUCAGUUGUGGCUUGCCAAUGAUCCCUACUGGAUUGAAAAGGAGCAAGCGAGUUUGACCGACUCGGGGGUCACGGCAUGGGACGGAAGGAGUAGCCCUGACGCCAUUCCUACCAAAACUUUGAUUCGACUGGGGCCUGUGUUCGUGACGAGGGACAAUCACACUAUUGGUGAAUUGGCCGCCCGGUUCCGAACCACGUCAUGGGCAAUUCUUGAGCUCAACCCGGAUCUUGAGAUGUCUAUGCUCGACGACACGAUUCCCAAGGAGAGUGAGCUUUGUUUAUUACCUGGCAUCUGUACACCUGCGGAGUAG